AUGCGAGACUUUAUGUCAGCUAACAGCUUUUACAUCUACAUAGCCUUAUUAUCAAUGAAAAUCCAAAAGCAAAUAACGUUAAAAGUUUAUGGAAUUGAAGCUCAAGCUGCUAAGCUUAAUAGUUCUUAUACUGAUGCUACAGGCAGCAAAAAAUAUUUAGCUACAACCCAAUUUGAAGCUACUGAUGUUCGUCGUGCUUUCCCUUGUUGGGAUGAACCAGCGAUCAAAGCUACUUUUGAUUGUCCCGACGAAUCUCGUAACAUUGAGUGCUAUAUGGAGAAUUGGGGUCUUCUCACGUUUCGUACAGCUACAAUUUUUUUUGACACACAAGCAUCUGACGCGCAAUAUAAGCAACAUGUAGCCUAUAUCGUGGCACACGAAUUGUCCCAUCAAUGGAGGGAUGUUCUCUGGCUUAACGAGGGAUUUGCUACUUGGGUUGGUUAUUUUGCAAUUGCUGAAAUUUUUCCAGAAUAUCUAGUUGUGAGUUUUCAAUGGAGUCUCCAACUUGAUUCCCUUCGUUCAUCUUAUCUAUUGAAGUUCCCUGAAAUUCGUCAAAUUUUCGAAGCUAUAAGUUAUCAUAUGGGCGCUUCUGUUAUUCGUAUGCUAGGUUCUUAUUUUGGUGCGGAUGUCUUUUACGCUGUACUUCAUGUUAAUGAACCUCGACCGAAUAAUAUACCUGUCAAGCAAACUCGAUUUCUUUCAACUGUACCGGGAAAUUUACAUCUAAGAGUGUUAAAUCCCAACUACUUACAACAAAGGAAGUUGAUUUCGUAUUUCCAAAAGUUGGGGGGAGAUUUCCUCAUGUUGAACUCACACCAAGUUGGAGUAUUUCGCGUUGAUUGCAUGCUCGAAAGAUUAAAGAAAUUGGGAAAGUCUAUAAAAAAUGGUGAGUUAUCUGAUACGAGUGAUCGUGUAGACAUCGUAGCCGAUAUAGGCGCCUUAGCAGGUCUUUUAUCAUUCAAACGAAAAUUAUUCUCGAGAUUAGACUGGGAAUAUCCUGAAAAUGAAGAUUAUCUGACUGCAAUGUUAAGAACCUUGGCUAUUAAAAGUGCCGGCAUAGUUGGAGAUCCAAAAACUGUUAAGGAAGCUAUGCGUCGUUUUAAACUUUUUACCGAGAAAAAUGAUCAAUCAGUUUUGUAUCCUAACAACCGACAAGCGGUCUAUGAGAUUGUGUUAAUGUAUGGUGACGGUGAAAAGAAAUUCGAUGCAAUUUUGAAUAUUUUUAGAAACGGUCCAACAGUUGAUCAAAAGCUUGCCGCAUUGUCCGCUCUUGGCUUUGUGCAACAACCUGAAUUGGUUCAACGUGCGUUGGGACUUUUCCAUUUCUCCGGAAGUUCGUCAUCAAGAUAUUCUCUACAUUCUUGGAAGCUUGCAAACGAAUCUUCCAAGAUUAAUAUGCAAAAUCAAUUAAGUUUGGCACAGACAUGUUCGCAUCAGACGAAAUUCUUUGCUGACAAGAACAUCAAGAACUUCCAACGACCACUGCAAGAGUUUGGAGAAUAUUCGUACGGACACGAACAGUGCAUGGUUGAAGCGUAA